UUCUCGCUGAUCGGCAGCAAACUGUCUUACCCAUAUACUUACGUACACUUUAACUAUGGUGUACUCCAACUGACGCUCUUUUACGCGGUAAUUCGCCGAAAGUUGCCGAUUUACUGGUCGCUUGUGUCUUUUUUCACCAAAGUGGAGCAAAAGAAUACGACGAGGAGGAGGAGGAGGAGGCCAAAGUGCGAUUGGAAAAACAUAACGACACACGUAGAGGACAACUGCGUGCUGUAACUAUCCAGUAUAUCCACAACAUAGUCGGCGAGAACGGAGGAUUUACGUAAUUUUAGUUGCAGGGUGGAAAAAGGUGGGCGAGGAAUGCUUUCGAAAUCCGCGGGCGCCCUACUCCUCGGCGGACUCCUGCUGUUGGUCUCGUGCUCCGGCGCGGAGGAUCAGGACCUCCUGCAGGACGACGAGCCGUACCUGGUGGACAACUUUGAGCGCACCCUCGACACCGCCAUCGAGCUCAGCGAGUACGACUACGAGGACUCGUGUAAACCCGUCGCAGAGGCCGAGUGGAGCUUUUUGCACGGGGCCAAGGAUCCCUCGGCGCUUCGACAAUGGAAAGCCGCUCAAUUAGAGUUUGCGGCAUUUAAAAAAUGGGAGAGGGACAACAUGACGGAGCAGUUCAACAGCACGGUCGACGAGACCGAGGCUCUGGGCUACAAGCUCUCGGUGCUGAAGAGGCCGGGCGACGCGGGCUUAGAUAACACCGAUUACGCCCAGCUCGUUGCAUUCGUCGGCGAGAACCGAGUGCUCCAGUCCACAGCGAGGCAUUCAAAUGGCAGCAGGAACCUCACCCGUGCCGAAGUCGAAUUCCUGCUGGCUCACAACGCCAAGGCAGAGGAGAAGCUCAAAGCGUGGAGCGCCUGGCAUCGAAACUUUGACGACCAAAUCGACAACUUUACGAGGAUACUCCAAUUGGCGCAAAAGGCUGCUCUCGCCAACGGGAAAGCCGACGUGCGGAGCUACUGGGAGAUGCUGAGCGGCGAGCCCGACGCGUACGAGGCUCACAAGAAUCAGUUGGACCGGUUGACCGGUUUGCGCUCGAAACUCGCUGACUUUGCGCGCAAACGGCUGGCCAAGAAGUACGGAGCCGAGACGAGGAACGACAGCAUCGCCGCGCACUUGCUGGGUUCGCUCAUCGGCGACGACUGGACCAACAUAGCGUUGUACGCCGCACCUGAGCCCAAACUCAUCUACGAGCUGAGGCCAAAGUUCUGGGAAAAGAAGCUGGUCGGCGAGAAUCUGUUCCGAGUGGCUGCGGGCUUGGGCAAGAGGUUCCUCGCCCAGGCUAUGCGAGGUGAAUUUUUGACCAGCAGCAACUUUAACGGCGAGUGCCCGGGCCACCUGGUCAAUUUUUGCGAGGCGGGCAAACUGAGGCUGUCCACCUGCAGCGAGCCGUCCAUACGGUACUACCUGAACGCGCACAGGAUCGUGGCCAAGGUUCUGGUCAACCAGUUGUCUUCCAAAAUCCCGAUCCUAAACGACUUGAACAGGUAUCCAGUUUUGGAGGAAGGGGUGGCGGAGUUGUUCUCCCUGCUGGCGGCGAGUCCAGCGUGGCUGCACCACGUGGGCCUGAUCGACGGGGACAUCGCUGGUACGGAGGAGGCCAAGAUGAUGUCCCUGGCCAUCACUGCCCUGGACGUCCUGCCGCGGCUGGCGUACUACGACGCGGCCGACAGGUGGAGGCUCGAGGCCAUAGAGAAGAACGAGACGGAUCCCAAAAAGUUGGUGGCCGACUGGUGGUCGAGCAGACUGGCCUACGAGUACGUGAACGCGGACGAGGAGCUACCCACCUUCUUGACCGACGAGCACAUCGUUGCCAACAAGCCCUACCUUCCGAAACUGCUGGGCAUCGUGCUCGCCUUCCAGAUGUACGAGUUUAUCUUCCAGUCCACCGACGUCAGGCAGGAGCCCUUCGACAAGAGCCCCUACAACCACAAGUUCGUUUACAUGGUGCAAAACAACUCGGAGAACUGGAAGUCCCUGUUGGAGAAGUUCAUGGGGAUAACCGAGGUGUCGGCGCAGCCGCUGAACGAGUACUUUAGCGAGCUGGAGUACUACUUGGAGGGCCACGAGGAGCCGGAGGAGGCGAGCUUCGACCUGAACGCCAAGGAGAUCGAGCUCGAGUCGGUGGAGAAGAGAGAGCGUAAGAUAUUCAACGAGCCCACCACCACCACGACGACGACCACCACCACCACGACCACUACGACGGCCAGGCCGACCAAGACAAAGACGACGAAGGUCAAACCCAAGGACUCGCUGACCCUCGACAGUAGCAGCGAGAAGCCGGGAGAUGUCUGGAACCAUCUCGACGACGAGCUGAUGAUGGAAGACGAGCAGGACCAUGGGAGGUUGAAGACCGGGAGGAGCACGGCUGUGUGGGCGGUGAGCGCUGCGCUGGUGGUCGUGUUGGUGGUUUGCAUCGUCGCGAUCUUCGGGAGACGGCGCUGCACCAGGACGCCGAGGAACCGUAGGUACGUCUAGGGCCACGAGGAGAGGGCUCCGGGCGAUCCUGGUCCUCAAAUAUUGGCUACCCACGUGGAAGAGGGCACAGCUGGCUAGAGAGGACGCUUUAUCGUCGCGCUCCAGUGGCCGGUGUGUUUCUCUCCGUUAACAUUCCAUUGAGCGAUGAUUGUCACCGUUACUUUUAAAAUUUUUUGUAUAAAGUGCGCGAGCGAGGAUGGAAGCAGUGUGUUGUUCACGGCGAAACAAUAAUUUGUUCGACUCGUGAAUUUGUCACGGAGCAAUUGUGUUUUACGUGUGCACGAUUCGUCUGGUUAACAGAUUUUUAUGUGUAUAUAAAUCGGCACAACUUGAUCAUUUGUUUCGAGGCUAGACUCGAUUUUUCCAAACGUUUGUGUUAUUAAAAGCGUAAAAAAAAAGAAAAAGAAAUGAAAUCUCUACAAUCGACUCUAUUACUGUAAAAUGUACUCGUGCCAAAACUACUGCCAUUUUUUUAUAACAAUUUUUAAUGUAUAAUAUAUAUAUACACAUUAUCUC